AUGUUCGCUACGAACUCAUCGCGCCCAACGACCGCCGAGAAGGCGAACCCUAGCCUACCAGUAGAACCAUCACAGAAAUCAUCAUCACGACAACCAAGCUUUGUCCCGUCGCGUAAAUCGGUUUCGAAUUCGCCAAUUGACGGCCCUCGCUUUUCAACAAGCGACAAUGCCGUCGCCGCGCUGGACUUUCAGGGCUUUGUUGACAGCAACAACGACCUACCAAGCUUGGCCACCAUAAAGAAGAUCGAAAACUACCAUGUUCUCGAUCGCGACGGCAAGUCGCACACCUUCCGGAGUCUCUAUACUGGCAAGCACGUUGCCCGGCGAGUCCUCAUCAUCUUUGUCCGCCACUUCUUCUGUGGUCAAUGCCAAGAAUACCUUCGCACCCUCUCUGCCUCCAUAACCCCCGACGCCCUCCUCCGGCUUCCACUCUCGACCUUCAUCGCCGUUGUUGGCUGCGGAAACCCACAGCUUAUCGACAUGUACGCCCAAGCAACCAACUGCCCAUUCCCCAUCUACGCCGAUCCCACCCGCAAGCUAUACCAGGAGCUCGGCAUGGUGCGUACCCUCGCGCUGGGCGAGAAGCCCGCCUACGUAACCAAGCACUUGAUCAAAUCUUCAUUUGAUUCGAUCAUCACAGGCAUCAAACAGAUCCCCAAGGGGCUGGCCAACAAAGCGGGAGACUUCAAGCAGAUUGGCGGCGAGUUCUUGUUCGAACCGGUGGAUAUUCAGAGUCCCGUUAACGCCGUACAAUGGGAGGAUAUGGAAAGGACACUUGAAAGGGCAACAAGGGAGAACAAUGAAGCGGCUGCUGCUGCUGCUGCUGCCGAGAGGAAGAGGGACAGUUCCGGCUCAAGGCUGGAACCAGACUCUGACGACAAAGAGACCGGUCUAGGUAGCGACAGCAAGGGGACAAUAACGAAGGACAAGAAGAUCUUUGGCGGCCAAGGACACAGGCCGUCGGAAGCCAGCAUCGAUGGCAAGAACGAAGAAGACGAAGGCGAGGAGAAAAAAGUGACAUGGUGUCACCGCAUGAAGACGACGAGGGAUCAUGUCGAGAUUCCUGAGCUUAUGGAGGUGCUGGGGCUUGAUGGGCAAGGGGAGCCCAUCAAGGACUCCAGGAGGUGGUCCAAGGCGCUGGAAACAAGAAAGGGAACUGGGUUUAGCAUGGCGCGUAGGAUGAACACUAUGAAGGCAGAGGCAGGAGCGUAG